AUUCAAAAUAGGCAUCAUGGGAUUAGUAUCAACUUUCGUCGUGAUUCUUGUCUGCUUUCUGUGCAUUCUUGUCACAGUGGACAGCAAAGGUAAUAAAAAUCACAAGCCUGAUGAUAGACCGUGGCACAGGCGUCCUCACAAUAUGCACAGGGCUCCCUACACAGGAUACGAUUGGGAGAAGAAUGGUUAUAAGCGCAAUUUCGACUAAGAAAACUCAUGUCACAACUGAACCCUCCCCAAGGAUCACGGGACAACACCUCGUCGUUUUUACCAAACACAGUAAUCAGUUUAGCCAGCGGCGGCCAUACUUUAAUUUCGACUAUCUGGCUUCCACUAAAUACACAAUAGACGUCGUCGACUAACUUUUCGCUUAA